AUGGCCAGAAAAAGAGGAAACCCUAACUGGUUCGUUGAUAGCCGCCACGAACACUCAUUCACUCACUAUAUAAGAAAACACUUCCCCAAAUUCUUCACCAUUCAAUUUCCUCUUCUCGCCAUUAAAAUUUUUAGCCACCCUCGACUACUUCUGCUGUCGAGUUUUCUUUUCCUGCGUGCCCGAGGGCUUUAUUUGAGUAUUCGCUCGAUGAGUCAUGAAAAGAAAAUGUCGUGGAGCGACUUAGAGGAUGACUCGUCUUUCGAUGUCUCAUCAUCGAGUUAUACAGAAUCAGACGAUAGAAGAUACUGGAGGUACCUUGAACCACCUUGAGAUGGUUCAAAGGUGAUUAAUGAAGCAAGCAAGGCUACAGAACAAAACAAAAGAAAAAGACUCAACAACAGAAGAAACAGAAGAGGAUACAGACCCCAAGACAUCAGAACAACAGAGGAUGACCAAAGCUGGCGACCAGCUGACCUUGCAGACUCUGUCCAGGUCAAUCACUAAUGAUUUAGAAGCCAUGUAGGGUGACAUUGGAAUCUUGGCACACGGACCUUCCUACCUAGGCCCAAGAACACUUCUGUCCAUCACUGACAACCCACAAGAAUCAGUGCUGAAGGUCGCCCAGUCAUCGGAUAUAGUAAACAGUACUGAAGGUAACUGCUGACCAGCAGACCUUUCGAGCCUUGGCCAGAGUAUGUCUGUAGUCCUGCAGGAUCAUCAAGGGUAGAAAUGGAAUUUAUGCACUAGAAGCUUCCUGUCAGGACUCAUAGUUACCAUCAUCAAUCAUUGGAAGAGCACAAGAAGAUGGGUGAAAGGUCACCUGGUUAACAGAUGUCUGUCAGAAUUUUAGAGUACUUAGUUUAGCUUGUUUUCCAUUUUUGAAAGUGCACAUGUUUUGCACGUGUUCUCUUUUGACCGUUAUAGUUAGUUAUUGGGUCAUUAGUAGCCUCAUUGUAUUUCCCCCGUCCCUCAAGUCUGUAUAUAGAUGGCCUUAGCCUUGUAAACACUCUUUUGAGUUUGAAGAAAUAACAAGUCAUUGGAUUUCAUUCCUUUGUUUUUCCUUGAGUGUGUGUGAACACUCAACGAUCUUGAGUAGUGCAAGAUCUUCACCUAUUAUAACUGAGAGUAGUCGUCGAUUGUAAUAAGGAAAUUGUUGGCCUUAGAGAGUCAAAACUCCUAGUCUUUCAAUAUUUCAUCCCUGUGUGUUGUUCUGGUUUGUUUUGAGAGCAUCAUUGUUUGAUUGUGUUUGGGGGUUUUUGGCUAUUAAACUAUGAAAGAAUAAAGGCUGGCUUUAUUUCCUACAAUGCAUCGAAGAUUUCCAUCCCAAAUUCAGUCCAUACCUUAGAUUUCAUGGACUUUUUAUUUUAAAUUUUGUGCAUAUUGGCUAUCCUUCAACUAAAGUGAAUGCAAUUUCAAUCAUCUUAAUUUUCCAAGAAUCAUAGAAGUAUAUGUCUAAUUUUCUUCUUAUGGUGCUCAAUUACUUAUU